CCGCCGCCGAGCCGAGCGCCCAUGGCCCAGGCGAAGAUCCACGCGAAGGCCCACGAGGGCCGCUUCAGCCGCUCCUCGUCCAUGGCGGACCGCUCGAGCCGCCUGCUGGAGCGCCUGGACCAGCUGGAGCUGCGGGUUGAAGCUUUGAGAGAUGCAGCAACUGCUAUUGAGCAAGAGAAAGAAAUCCUUCUGGAAAUGAUCCACAGCAUCCAAAAUAGCCAGGACAUGAGGCAGAUAAGCGAUGGAGAAAAAGAAGAAUUAAAUCUGACUGCAAACCGAUUGAUGAGCCGAACCCUCACCGUUGAAGUUUCAGUAGAAACAAUUAGAAACCCCCAGCAGCAAGAAUCCCUAAAGCUUGCCACCAGGAUUAUUGAUGAGGUAGUCAGUAAAUUUCUGGAUGACCUGGAGAAUGCCAAAAGUCAUUUAAUGUCUUUGUACAGUGCAUGUUCAUCUGAGGUGCCACCUGGGCCAGUAGAUCAGAAGUUUCAAUCCAUAAUAAUUGGCUGUGCUCUUGAAGAUCAGAAGAAAAUUAAAAGAAGAUUAGAGACUCUGCUUAGAAAUAUUGAAAGCUCUGACAAGGCCAUCAAGCUCUUAGAGCCUUCUAAAGGAGCUGGUUCAAAAAAUCUGCAGCAAAAUAGUGAAAACAUUUAAUUAGGACACUUGUGAAUAUUGACCAAAAUGAUAAAAAUAGAGCUGGAGUGUGGCUCAACAGUCAAGCAAAUGCCUUGCAUGCAUGAGACCUGGGUUUGAUCCCAGCACCACACACAAAGUAAAUAAAGUAUUACAUGCUUACUAUUUUCGAUGAUAGCAGCUUCAUUAAGCAUAACCACUUAUUUUAUACUGAAAGUUGUUUCAGAUGUAGACAAUUUCAGUCAUCUUUUUGUGAAUAAUAAAAUUAGAGUGAUUUUAAUUA